UUCACGUAGAGUUGGGGCGGAAAGUUCUCCGCGCGCACGAACUACGGGGAGGAUUUCCGGACGAUUUCUGAUUGAUUUUGGGGCUUUUGACCCAAAGUUCAGGUGGUGCAACCUCCUGCCUCCUCCUUCUCGUGGAACUUCGGGGACAGAGUGUCCCGGCCGCCUCGACGGCUUGAGCAGGGCGCGACCUAGGACCCAGGACGGUGCGGGAACCGGGUAUGGCUCCGGGCAAGACCCUUCCGCUCGUCAUCUUCCUCUUCGAGGUCCAGCGGCUGGUCCAAGGUGCCCCUGCCACCAUCACCCUGCAGGAUGAAAUUCCCCGGCAGACAGUGACACCACAGCAACAAAGGCCCAGCCUCAAGGGGGAGUGUCCACCAGGAUCUCAUAGAUCACCAUAUACUGGAGACUGUAUCAGGUGCACAGAGGGUGUGGAUUACACCAAUAAUUCUAACAAUUUGCCUUCUUGCCUCCUAUGUACAGUUUGUAAAUCAGGUCAAGAUAUGAAAAGUCCCUGCACCAUGACCACAGACACGGUGUGUCAGUGCAAAGAAGGCACCUUCCAGAAUGAAAACUUUACUGAGAUGUGCCAGGAGUGCAGCACAGGGUGCCCCAGAGGGAUGGUCAAGGUCAGGGAUUGUACACCCUGGAGUGACAUUGAGUGCGUUGAUGAAUCAGCUGCAGAGGAGACAGUGACUUCCAGCCCGGGGACUCCUGCCUCUCCCUUUCCCACCACAGUCAUCAUACUGGUCUUAAUUCUACUGUUCAUUCUGGUUGUGGCUGGGGUUGUUCGGAAGGCUUCACUGUGGAAGAAAGUCCUUCCUUGCUUGAAAGGCAUCUGCUCAGGUGCUGGAGGGGACCGUGAACAUGUAGACAGAGUAUUUUUCUGGCGUUCACAUCCCUCACGAGGUCCUGAGGAUGAGGUCAAUGCCUGCAACGAGACCCUGAGUAACAGAGACUUGCAGCCCACCCAGGCCCUUGAGCAGGAAAUCAAAGGUCAGGAGCUGGCUGAGCUGACGGGUGUGACUGUACAGUCACCAGAAGAGACACAGCAUCUGCUGGGACAGGCAGAAGCCGAAGGGUGUCAGAGGAGGAGGCUGCAGGUUCCAGUGAAUGAUGCUGACCCCACUGAGAUCAACACCUUGCUGGAUGCCUCGGCAACACCGGAAGAAGGACGUGCAAAGGAAACAAUUCAGGACUAACUGGUGGCCCCGAAAAGCUUCUCUAUGAAGAAGGUGACGCAGGCUCUGCUAUGUCCUGCCUGUGAAAGAAUCUCUUCAGGAAACCAGAGCUUCCCUCAUUUACCUUUUCUCCCACAAAGGGAAGAAGCCUGGAGGAAACAGUUCAGUACUUGACCCAUUGCCUCAACAACCUACUAUCCAAUACGGUGCAGCUUACCUGAGGUUUUACAACUUUGUCAAUGCACGUGGAGUAAUUUUUAUGGAAUAUUGACUGUGAUAAGCAAAUUUCGGAGAUUUAUAUAAGAUUCUUGGUGGCGUAGAGUUAUACGUUUGCGUAUUAAGGGUGGUUUUAGGCCACAUGCGUUGGCUCAUGCCUGUAAUCCCUCCAAUCUGGGAGUCUGAGGCAGGUCAAUCACUUGAGCUCAAGAGUUCAAGACCAGCCUGGGCAACACCGUGAAACUCAGUCUCAUUU